UGUAAAAAUACAGGACGGUGUAUUUUCGUGGAAGGUUCACCCCUCAGGCAGCCAUGUUGGCAUUUUGGAAGGUUUCUUGCACGGAUUUCACUGAGUAACGUCAGGAUUAAAGUUUUGAUCACGACCAUGUGAACUCACGGCAUCGGUGAAGCGGUGGUCGAUACUAUGGAAAAAAAGGUGCUGAUAUUCUUCCUGAUUGUCCUUGUGUUCUGUGUCGCCAUGUAUGGCUUAUUCGGAAGGGUCUCCGUAACUCUGGUAAUGGCGUCAGCAGACAAGAGCAAGCCAGGCGUGCAUUUCGUGUACCUCGGGGCAAGCGAGACCGAGGGCCGGGGGACCGAGGACCGGGGGACCGAGGGCGUUACCAGCAGGGAAACCCUGUCCUGUCGUCUGAAGAAUAAGGUCCCGUUUUCGACCAUCACCAGAACGUUGGCGCCCCUCCAGGCCCAUCCUAUGAUCAAGUCGCUGUUUCCCAAGCAGAGUCUUGAGGACGUGGUUCACUACAACUCGUGCGCCGUGGUCAGUAGCAGCCAUGCCAUGAAGUUUCACAACUACGGCAGGGACAUAGAUGCCCAUGACGCUGUCGUGCGUUUCAACUGCGCGCCGACGAAGAACUACGUCACGCACGUGGGGAGACGGACGGACAUCCGUCUCAUCAACACCGUCAUCCCCUACACCAGCUGUCAGCGGGAGUUCUGGGACAGGCGCGUCAAAAUGUUCAACAACGAGAUCGUCGUCGUCCGCAACUUUCUGAACGUCCGUGUCGGGAAGCACGGCAAGCUGGACCUCCGUCAGGACCAGCACCACAGCUUCGGAAACUACGUCAAGUACAGGAGGACGUUUCCGGAGAGAACUAUGCACUUCAUUCAGAGGCCGAACUUUGGCGUGGACAUAAAGAACGAGCUCAGCCACUUCUGCAAUGGGAAGACCAACUGUAAGACUACGGAGUCUGAGAAAAGUCCGAGCACGGGAGCGCAUGGGAUAGUGAUGAUGCUGCACCUGUGUGACUGGGUCUACACGUACGAGUUCGUCCCGUCCGCCGUAGACAGGAACACCUCUCUGGCGCACUACUUCGACGAAGAGACGAACUUCAGCUGGCUAUAUCACUCCUACAACACGGAGAGAGACUACUGGAGAACGCUGACCGUGACAUCUCUGGAGGAGGUAGAGAGGACCGGAGUGGCGGUCUUUAGGGGGCUGUCUCAGUACAACUGUACUUAGUUCCUUGGUUGAAUGUCACCUCUCUAGUUUAUUACACAUCUGUGUGAGA